CGAGGAACUUGACAUUGAACCUUCGUGUCACGCAUGAACAUUUGCAUACAUUAUGGCUCGGAAACGUGACCAUUAACUAGAAUGCAUGUAAAACACAUGUAUGGACACGGAAAAGUCGACGAAAAGAUUAUGUGCGCAUGGGCGUCUCUAUGGUGACGAGUGACUCUUGCCACGACCUCUAGUCGUUCCUAUCAAUCCAUUACAACGUUAUCAUGCCGCGGCAGGUGAACCUCUGUCCACAAGAGUUCUGAUUCGAAAGUUUUCCGUACAAAGUUUCCGUUGGUACAUUCAAAUUUUCAUCGAGUAAUCGCCGUCGCGAUCUAGUCGGUCGAUGCAACAAAAGUCACCUUGAAAAAGGAUCAAGGAUCUUUUAUUAUGUAAGUUCGCGGUGCACGAUAUAACGUGGUGACUCGCAAGAAAACAACCUCGACGUCUCACUUCCGCCGAAGGGAAAGCAAGUUAUAGAAAAUCGCACAAAGGAUAUAGAAAUUGUUGUGCUCGCGUCAUCUUCGAGUCAGAAAUUCAUCACGUGUACCGCGGCUCUUUUUUGAAAGGAUACACCAUCGAUUUUUCUACGAUACUCGAUAUUAUUUUCGUGGGCAGACUUUGUCGAUCCUUGUACUUUGAUUACUUGGCUAUCUGCUUGGAAAUUCAUGGGAAUCUAUUGCACGGCGAUAUGGAAGAGAUUAGGAUAUAGAGUAGUCUAAACUUGUCCUUUGAUUGAGUUGGGGUAAAAUGGUGCGAUGAAUAUCACUGAAAUUUAAUAAAAAGAUAUAUAUAUAUAUAUAUAUAUCUUUUUAUUAAAUUACUUGAGAAAUCGCUUCUGUAUAGAUACUCUUUGCACGUUCACCGGAAGUUGUUAUUUCGCUUGUCUUGAAAAGUCCUCGUCGGUCUCAGUGCUGAAAGUGUUAAAUGUGAAGCAGAAUAAACGAUUCGAGUAAAAGCAUGUAAAAAGUGUGUACCACGUAACUUCCAUGGUGUACGGUAGUUCAACUACACGCGGACGGGUGUUGCUGUUGACUUUCACGCCGAAGAACCGACGGAAUCGUUCGUUGGUCACGUAAUUAAGUACCAAAGUCGAUCGAGCUGAUUCAACGACGCGAAAGUGUGACUCGGUCCGAGAACUGCAAACGACGAGUUCGUGAGUUCGAAACGAUUCGGAGGGGUAAUUGAGAAUCGAUUUGGAAAAGUUACUACAGGAAAGUACCGCGAACAGGACUUCUAAUGUGAGAAAGAAGUCAUCUUGUGCGAGCCUUCGAGGAGACUUGGAGGAACGUGUCAGGGAAAGUGAAUCGGUUGGCUGGAAGCAUGUGAGUAAAUGGCCGUGACGGAAUCCCAUCAUCCUUCGAACGACCUACUAUGGGCACCUGCCUGGACACUGAUCAACAAAAUGGAUCGCAGGUGUUCGAAGAGACUGAUGCUCGAAGUGCAGGAAAAUGGAGAGGAGAGGCUGGUCUCUUGGCAACACCUCCGAAUGGGUAUUUUCCGCAACAAAACGUCGGUCCAAUUAAAUUCGAAGUACCAAAAGUGCCCGUCAUAUUUGUCCUUGGUGGUCCCGGUAGCGGCAAGGUGACACAUUGCGACAAUUUGAUCCAAGAAAAGAAGGGCAUAACACACAUUAACAUGAUGGAUCUCCUUCAACAGUACGCGCUCGGAAAUGAUAUGCAAGAUUUCGGGCAACUUAGCAGUAAGACUGUAGCGGAAGUCCUCAUGCUCGAAAUCAAGAUGUCUCCAGGAUCCAAAGUCUUUCUCGUCAGCGGAUAUCCACGUAAUAUGCGUGACGUAGUUGAAUACGCCGAUAAAAUAAAAAUUGUAAAUGGAGUGAUCCUCGUGUCCUGGAGACAGGAGAUCCUCGAAAGGCAAAUUGACUUCGGUGCCCAGCUAGGACAAGUGGUCAUCGAGCUGGCGAGAAUGGAACUUUACAAUUUUUAUAGAAACGUUAUGCCUGUCGCGGAAUACUUUGAUCAAAGCGGGAUGUUGCUAGAGGUAAACGGAGAAAGAAAUCCAAACGAUGUAUACAUCGAUUUUCGCGAGGCAGUUUUUAAAAUACUCGGACUCUCGAACGAGGUCCAAGACAAGAAUGUUCCCCAAACUUUAAAAACAGAAGUAGAAAUUGAAAGGAGAAAGGAGUCUGUUUCGAAAUCGCCAUCCAACAAAAUUGUGGAUGCAGAAAAAAGAACACAAGUAUCUGUUACGAAUGGUGUAAAGGCUACAAAAACUGCAGUUAGGCCUAGAAAGGGAUUACCUCUGUUUAUAUGGGUUAUAGGUGGACCAGGAAGCAACAAAGAAAAUUUAUGUACUCAAGCUGUUCGCAAUAUGCCAGGUUGGGUCCAUGUGAGCAUAGGUGGACUACUCAGAACAAUGGCAACGUCGAACACUAUCGUCAAGGAGGCUAUCGUGUCUGGAGAAAUGGUCCCACAGGACAUUGUAAUGCAAGCGGUAGAGCAACAGGUCAUUUUGAAUCGUGACACGGAUGGCAUAAUAAUAGAUGGCUAUCCAAGGGGAUUAACUCAAGUCCAAGAAUUUGAAACUAAGUUUGGUCAAGAGCCACCUUUAGUGCUACUGGAUUGUUCCAAGUUACAACUUGGUAGAGGAAGACUAGACGAUAAUGUCUCAGCAUUUAAGAAAAGAUUAGAACUCUUCCGUGAAGUAUCAUUGCCCAUGUUGAAAGCACUGGAUAAUGAAAAUCGCUUAACAAUAAUAGAUGGUGACACAGAUGUACCAAGCGUACAACAAGAAUUUGCUGCCGCGGUUUACCAAUUGAUGACUCAAUCGCAACGUACAGCAAGGGAAGAGCCACGAAGUUCUAAAUUAUUAACGUUGCAAACAGAGAAUGGCACCAGCCCUACCCAAUUCGUUUCUAAUAACAAAUAUCAAACCGUCAUAUCGAACGGAAAUAGUAAACAAUCAUUUGACGAUAAUCCGAAUAUCGAGAACGCGAUAAACGCUACGAAGAACAUGAAUGGAAUUAGUCUGCAAGGAGCAGUACAAAUUGCCAAUGGAUUAAAGAAUACAGCGAAACAGGCACAGAAGAAUGGCGUUGCUCGUGUGCAAAAUGGUAUCGCAAACGGUGCUGCACACAUGUUGCAAAAUGGUGUAGCACAUUUGACUAAUAAAAUCGUGCCAGAUAACAAUAAAAUUGCACCAGCUAUCCAGAAUAAUUUGACGAAUGGCACGAAAGAUGCUGUGAGGAAAAUGUACAAUGAAGUCGAGGGUUACCAACAGAGCUUACAUAUGUAACUGUUUGUCUGAACUGAAAUAUCGGGAAUAUUUCUAUAUGUUAAUAUUGUCAAUAUUCUAUCAAUAGUUAUGUUGACCUAACUUUUUAUAACAAUAUUUGCAUUAAGUGUCACAAAACCGAGAAAUAUUGAAGCUACCUUUCAAUAAAACUUAUAUAGCAUUGUGCCUUAAAAUGAACAUAAUUUAAAUAGAACUAAUAGAAGAUUCAAGAAAAGCCAAACACAAAGUUACUUUUGCAGAGAUAGUAUAAGUACCCAGUUUAAUAAUAAGUGUUAAAUUAGUAAAAUAUCGAGACAAGUGUUUAAUUAUACAAAUUUCGAGACCAACUCUAUCUGAGAGUUAUCAGAAUGAUUUACUCGGUGCGUUUUUUUUUUUUUUUAUAUGUUAUUUAAUUCAACAUUAAAUUCCAUCUCUCAUUUGUAAUAAGAUUGACACAAUUCAAAGAGAAGAAAUUCUUUUAGAGU